AUGGAAUGCAACAAGGAUGAAGCUUCAAGGGCCAAGGAUGCAGCUGAAAUAAAGCUACGGAAUGCAGACUAUGUUAGUGCUAAAAGGAUGGCUCUUAAGGCUCAGCGGCUCUUCCCUGGGAUAGAAAACAUUUCUCAACUGCUUGCUGUUUGUGAAGUUCACUGUUGUACUUCUGUUAAGAUCAAUGGGGAGACAGACUGGUAUGGGAUUCUUCAAGUAGAGCCAACUGCAGAUAAUGUGUUACUCAAGAAACAGUACCGCAAACUUGCUCUUUUACUUCAUCCAGAUAAGAACAAGUUUGCAGGUGCUGAAGCUGCUUUUAAGUUAAUUGGUGAAGCUCACAUGACACUGACAGACCAAGUAAAGCGCUCUUUCCAUGACAAGAAAAGGAAAUCAGUUUUUGCAACUUCUGCCCCUUCACAAAAGAAGAGACGACAGACACCAAAGAAAACUGAUGCUAAGAAAGUCAACAAGGAGAACAUUCCAGAUUUUUCCAAGAGACCUGUUCCUGUCCGAGGGGAGGCACCAUAUACAUGGAGUGGAUCUGGGACUCAAACACAAAAGUUCCCUCCUAGUCAGCAAGCUCAUGUCACUAAUGAGAAACAGAAAUAUCAUAGUGUUCCUGGCUGGCAAAACCCUGUCACUGGUCAUCAAACUCAUGCUACUCACCAGCAGCAGCAAUCUCGGAAUGUUCCUGGUCAGCAAACUCCUGUUGAGUCUCAGAAACUCCAAUCUGAUGCACAGUCAAAGAAUACUGCGACUUCUCAAGCUGCAAGUGAUAGCAACAAGAAUGGAACUGCAGAUGGGAGUUUCACAGCUAGAGCUGGGACAUGCAAUAGCAAGAAGGUAUCAACAGCAGCAUUCAAUCAACAAAGCGGUGCAGUUAGAACUGAAUCCCCAAUUUCGAGUUCUCGUAAGAGUUCAAGGCAAUCUCAGAAUGUUCCUGAUCACCAAAUUCCUGUUGCUACCCAACAGAAACAGUGUGAGAAACCACCAUUCGGUGCAGGAUCAAAGAUUUUGAAGAGAUCAAGCAAGAAGGAAAAUAAUGCUGUGAGUAAAGGUGAUCUUGCUGGCUGUACAAAUGGCAGUGAUAAUCCUACUUAUUCUCCUGUGACAAGAAAGAUAAGUAAAGGAUAUUCUUCUUGUAAUGCUGGUAAAAGUGGUGAAACAAUAAAUGUAGCCAGUAAUGGGUAUAGCGAACAAAGAUCUAGUAUCCCCAAAACAGAUAAGACUACAAAUGAAAAUGGAGAGGUUGUCAAUGGCUCAGAUCACAACGUGAAAGAAGGAAUACGUAAAGAAGACGAAAUGCCUAAUGCUGCAGGGAAUGGAGCAACAAGGUCUGCAGACGUAAGUAUUCCCUUCGAAGGUGUUUCAUACCCAGAUCCAGAAUUUUAUGACUUUGAGAAAGAAAGGGAUGCAGAUCGAUUCAAGGUUGAUCAGAUAUGGGCAGUUUAUGAUGAUUACAAUUCCAUGCCGAGGUAUUAUGCCAAAAUUAAGGAGGUUUACUCUCCAAACUUUAUGCUGCAGUUCACUUGGCUUGAGUUUGAUCCUCAGAAUGAUGCUCAGAAGGCAUGGUCUUCUGAAGAGCUGCCUGCUGCUUGUGGUAGUUUUAGAAUUGGAAAAACAAAAUUAACUGAAGAUAAAAAUAUGUUUUCCCAUGUUGUUUCCUGGGCAAAAGGGAGGAAGAGAAACAGCUUUGAGAUCUAUCCAAGGAAAGGUGAAGUAUGGGCCAUCUUCAAGAGAUGGCACAUCAAUUGGAGUGCCAAUGAUCAUCAGCUCUGCAGUUAUGACAUUGUAGAAGUACAAUCAGAGUUUGUUGCGGGUACUGGCACAUAUGUGAUUCCAUUAGUAAAACUCAAAGGUUUUGUGAGCUUAUUUGUGCGAUCGGAUAGCAAUGAACCAUGUCUGAUUCCUGAUGGUGACACGCUCAAAUUUUCACACAGUAUUCCCUUUCAUAUGUUGGCAGAAGCUGAUGUGCAAGGUAUCCCACACUCUGCACUAGAGCUAGAUCCUGGGUCGCUACCGUCUGACAUGGAAGAAGAAUUUUCUUCGGUAGACCUUGGCAGUGGUCUUUUUAGCAAUCGGGGAGGUAAGACUGGAGGCAAUGUUUCGUCUACUACAGAACCUUCUAGUGGUGAAGUGCCAGUUGGUAAGACAAAGCAUGAUCUACGUGGUGCUAGUGCGGAUGGAUGGGAUGAUAGCUGUCAACCAAAAUCUCCAACAAGUUUUGUUUACCCUGAGCCAGAGAUUUGCAACUUCAGUCUUAUAAGAUCAUUUGAAAACUUCAAGAACGGACAAAUUUGGGCACUAUAUUGUGACUCAGACAAGUUCCCAAAGUACUAUGGAUUUAUAAAGAAAGUUGAUCCAGAGCGCUGCACAAUCCACAUAAGAUGGCUUGAGUACUGUCCAUGUCUAGAAACAGAGAAGAGUUUGAUGCAAGAAGGCCAUCCAGUUAGCUGUGGAACAUUCAAAGUCAGCAAACAGAGUGACAGCUAUGAUUGCACAAGUGUCUUCUCCCAUAUCGUGGAAGUGGCAACGAUUGGUAAGGGAAAGAAGUAUGACAUUGUUCCUUGUGCCGGCCAGGUAUGGGCUGUGUACAAGAACUGGAGUUGUGACUGGAGCUUCAAAAAUUAUAAGAUCUGUGAAUAUGAUUUUGUGGAGGUCCUAAAGACCUCUGACACCUCUAUAAUAGUCUACUAUCUGACUAAAGUGGAGGGUUUUAGUUCCGUAUUCAUGCCACAGGAGAAAGGUGGAUCUAGAAGGGCCAUGAAAAUACAAAGGAGUGAACUGAUGAUGUUCUCUCAUCAGAUUCCCGCCUACGGCUUUACAAUUGAAGGAGGCAAGCCAUUUGGUCACUGGGAACUUGAUCCUGCAUCUGUGCCUGAAACUUUCUUAGGCAAAAAAUCCAAUACGUUGUUGACAAAGCUGCAGCAUUGGAUUUGUUUUGACAAUGUGGCGCUGCUUCUGCAACCCUAA